AUGAGCCAUCCCUCUCUCAUAUUCGGUGCUGCAUCCAUUGGAAUGGAUUUCAGCACCAAAAAAUCCGUCCAAAAUGCUCUCGAAAUCUUGAAAGAGUUGAAUAUUUCCCAGAUCGAUACCGCAGGAAGAUAUCCACCCACACAUCAUGGAAGAUCCGAGGAGCUUCUUGGAGAAGUAGGAGCUGCAUCUCAAGGCUUUUCUAUCAGUACAAAAAUUCUUGCUACAAAGCUUGGUUAUGGGAGUGGAGAGCUCGAAGCUUCGGCUAUACGGAAGUCGCUUGAUACAAGUUUCAAGCGUUUGGGCGUUGAUCAGGUCGAUAUCUUAUAUUGUCAUCAACCUGAUCCGACAACUCCGUUGAAAGAGCAAGCAGAAGCCCUCAACAAUCAUUUCAAAAAUGGGUCUUUCAAGAGACUCGGAGUCUCCAACUUUCCCCCUAAGUUACUCCAAGAUUUCAUCCAAGUAUGCGAGGAAAAUGGCUUCGUGAAACCGUCUGUAUAUCAAGGAGAUUACAAUCUCAUAACUCGGGGCAUGGAGAAAGAACUACUCCCUAUCCUCCGAGCCCAUUCGAUGUCUUUCUUCGCAUUCAGAGCUCUAGCAACUGGUUUCCUAACCGGAAACUACAGCGCGGGAAAAUCUGACGGGACUCGAUUCAGCGACAACCAUCCACUCGGAAAAGCAUUUCAAACCUCUACGGAGCUCCUAAAUUGCAACAAGCGAUGA